CAGAAGUCUGAGUGGUUGUCAAGCGAGCUUUUCACAAUAGAUACGAUGCAUUGAUGCGGAACUGAUCAUACAAUGUGGUAUCAUGAUGUCAAUGCGUUGCUAGACAGAACCAUGGACAGAACCACGACACCGUACCGCUAGCAUAGGCUAGUGUAACGUUUGCCUGCUAGGAUAAUUAGCUUAGCCUGGACAAGUAAAGGGGCAAGAGGUGUAUCGAUAAGUUAACGUUCCCGGUUUCUCGUCUCGUUAUUUUAGUCACGUUGCAUUAUUUUUACACGAGAUCACUGCUUAGAUUUGCAUCGAGUGUAACAUUAACGAACUAACGUGAUUUAGUCAGAGUAAUGUUUAAUCGUGUAUCCACCUGCGCUGUUGCCAUGAUAAAGUGAGGAACAGCAUCUGCUAUAGGUCAAUCAAUUUCAUGAAUGAAUGGAGAAACGUAGGGGAAGUAACGUUAAGUGGCCAGAGAACCUAUCGCUGAACACCCCAUAGAGGGUUUAACAGCACUGUAGCAGCUACCUUUGGCACAACUUCAAAGAAUCCAACUCUGACCCAAUAAGAGGUCUCCAACAGGUACCUGCAAGCUAUCCUAUCAGCAGCUUCCCACCUGUGUUUGAGUUGCUCUCCAAAAGGUUCAUGGUACUCCCCCAAAUUUAGUAGGUGAUGGCUCAGCAGACAAGAUUUGGUCGGAAAUAUUUCAAGGCUUUUGUUAGUGGCUUCUUUGUGGCUGUACCUGUGACAGUCACGGUUCUUGAUCGUCUUGCUUAUGUAGCUCGUGUGGAUGGAGCGUCCAUGCAGCCCUCCUUGAACCCAGAAGGAGGUCAUGCAUCUGAUGUUGUACUUCUGAAUCGUUGGAGUGUAAGAAAUUUCAGUGUGCAGCGUGGGGAUGUUGUUUCCGUUGUGUCUCCUAAGAACCCUCAGCAGAAAAUCAUCAAGAGGGUCAUUGCCUUAGAGGGAGACUUCAUUAAAACUCUAGGAUAUAAAAAUCGUUAUGUAAGAGUUCCUGAUGGACACUUAUGGAUAGAGGGAGAUCAUCAUGGACACAGUUUUGACAGCAACAGUUUUGGACCAGUUUCCCGGGGGCUCCUUCAUGGCAAGGCAUCUCAUAUAAUCUGGCCACCUCAUCGGUGGCAGCGGAUUGAACCCUUUGUUCCAACUGAUCGCAAGCCUUUGCUGAACUGGAGCCAAAAAUCCUCAGAGGAUGAGGAUGAUGAAUGAAAUAGAUGUUACACAAACAAACUGGCACUGACAGAGCUUGUGACAAACUGUGGAAGGAACAUUUCAUAAGACAGUAAAGUGGAUAUUCAAAAGUUCACCUUAAGUUAGCCAAUACAGUAUAUUUUCUGUGGAUACUGUGCUUUCUUACUAAGAGUUAUUUAAACUGUUGUAUUGUCUUCCUCUAAAAACAAGUGCCACAUGAAAGUCAAAGCGUGUAGUACAAUAGGCACAAAUUGUGAAUGUUGAGAAGUCAUCACUACCUGAACAAUGGUAAUGAUGAGGACGUAUUGCAUACGACUGCCUGCUGGAUUUUAUCACACAGUGGGAUCAUGAAUGUUUCGUUGAGUAUUGCAUAGAUUUCUAUGCUGGCCACAAAGUAAAACCAUGCAGAUUGCUAGUCUUCCAUGAUGAAAUCUACCUGUUAAUCUAUUGUUAACCAAUAUGGUUGUAGUGGUUAUUUUUUUUCCUAAAUCACAGUUUUGCCACAUUGUGCUGGUCAAAUGAGUAUCUUUGAAUAAAAUACAAUCAAACUAAUACAA